CGCGGCUCCAGUAGACAGCGUCUCUUCCGGUAGAGAAGCGCAGUUAGCGGUUUGUGUGUGAAGGUCGUGAGUCAAACCUGUGAUCAUCAUGUCUCUGCCAAAGCCUGUGAUGAGGGGGCUGCUGGGAAAGCGUCUGAGGUUUCACCUGCCCAUCGCCUUCACUCUGUCCUUCGUGGCUGCAGCAGCGUUCAAGUACGCAGUGAUCGAGCCCAGGAAAAAGGCCUACGCUGACUUCUACAAGCAGUACGACGCCACCAAAGAGUUCAACACCAUGAGGGAGGCGGGCAUCUUUGAGAGCGUGCGGCCCUCUGGGGAGUAAAAACCCUUUCUUCUUCCCGUCGUUCAUUCCUGGUCUGAGGAUGAAGCUCUUUUUUGUCCCCGUGGAUGUUAUUUACUGAUUUAGAAGUGAACAUCGCUAUGCUGUUUUGUUCCUCUAAAUAAAAUAUUCUAUUAAUGUAAAAA